AACAAAAACUUGAUUGGUCUGAAAGAGAACAGUCUCCUUUCACUUUCUCUCUCUACUGUAUUGCUUAGAGAGGGGAAGCUAGCAAAAGGCUAAAAGCGAAAGAUAAGGAAAGAGAAGAAAAGAUUGGCAUUUGAGAGAUGAGUAAAGCAAAAACCAUCUUGUCAUUUUUCAGGGUUGUUAGAGCCUAAAAAAACCCCAAAAUCCCCCAAAAAGAAUCUGAUAAAGAACACAAAUAUAGAUUAUAGAAAGAAUAGAUAAAACCCAAAUGCUGGUACCCAUUUGAACUAUCCGAAACAUAGGUUCUGUUCACCAAUCCGAGAUCUUACUGAUUGGUCUCUCAGAAAAUUUGCAUUGCAGGAUUUUUUAUAUUAAAGUUCUGCCAGUUCUGGGACUUCAUUAAUUGAAGAGUAGGAGGAUCUUGGUUUCAUGCACAGGGGAGAACAUCUGGUUCUAUGAGGAGGUUAGAGAACAAAGUCAUAGCAUAAAUAUUGUAGAGAGAAAAUGAAAAAUGACAUGCCUCUUGACUAUGCUGUGUUUCAACUGUCCCCAAAGCAUUCACGUUGUGAAUUGUUUGUGUCAAGUAACGGAAAUACAGAGAAGCUUGCUUCAGGAUUAGUAAAGCCAUUUGUGACUCAUUUAAAGGUUGCUGAAGAGCAGGUUGCACGGGCAGUUCAUUCAAUCAAGCUUGAAGUUCAAAGACAUAAAAAUGCUGAGACUUGGUUUACAAAAGGAACCCUUGAGAGAUUUGUGCGGUUUGUCAGUACACCUGAGGUAUUAGAGAUGGUCAAUACAUUUGAUGCAGAGAUGUCUCAGUUGGAAGCAGCACAAAGAAUCUACUCUCAGGGGGGCAGAGAUCAGCUUUCUGAUGCUUUAGGUGGGGAUGCACCAGGAGUGGUGGCAGGAGCUGAUGCAACGAAGAAGGAGCUUCUGCGAGCUAUUGAUGUACGGCUUACUGCAGUUAAGCAGGAUCUAACCACUUCCCUUGCUCAUGCAUCAGCUGCUGGUUUUAACCCUGACACUGUGUCAGAGCUCCAGCUAUUUUCAGAUUGUUUUGGUGCCCAUCGCUUGAAUGAAGCUUGUAAUAGAUUUAUCUCACUGUGUGAGAGAAGACCAGACCUGACCAAUCCAUGGAAGCCAGGUGUCGAGGAGCAAGUGGUUCGGGCUUCAUGGGGAUCUGACAUGUCAAUUGAUCCCAAUUCAUCAGUAUGUGCUCAACCAACUGUCCAGGGUGAGAACAAGGAAGAAGAUAAGAAAGAGGAGCCUACUACUGAGUCAUCAACUAGUCAACCAAGCCAACCUGCAAGGCGACUCAGUGUGCAGGACAGGAUCAACCUGUUUGAGAAUAAGCAGAAGGAGAACUCGGGCGGUAAACCUGUUGCUGUAGGCAAAUCUGUAGAACUGAGGAGACUCUCUUCUGAUGUAUCUUCUGUGCCUGCAGUUGAAAGAGCUGUAUUGAGGAGAUGGAGUGCUGCAAGUGAUAUGAGCAUUGACCUUGGCAAUGACAAUAAGGACAAUAACUGUAUGGAUAGCCCUUUGUGUGCAUCCUCUUCAUCUUCUGUAUCCCAAAGCAAAAAUAACAUGUUUUCUAGCUCAUCUGCAGAUUCUAAGGAUCAGCAGGGGUUGAAUGGUAAAGCUAGUUCAGUUAAGGCUGAGGCUAUGAGGGUUUCUGGGUUCAAAGAUCAGGAUGAGUUGCAGACACAUGUUGGUGGAUUUUUGGGGAAGGACGAGGAGGUGGGGUUGAAGGGGAAGGUGAAUUCAAAAGAUCAAGUGGGGUCUCAGGCCUCACUGAGGACAUUAACAGGUAGAGGUGAGCUGGCCAGUGUUGAUCCGGAGGUUAGAGAGGAGAAGUUAGUGGGCAUCUUGGGUGGAGAUGAGAAGAGUAGCGCAGGAAAAGGUCAUGGGGUUUUUGAAGGAAAGUUGAGAGGUUAUUCAGAUGGAGGGGAGAGUGUUGGAGUCAACAACCAGUCUGGAUUGCAUAUUCAGAUCAGAAGUUCUAUAGGCAGGGUGGCGGACGUUGAUUCUGGGAGUAGAGUUCAGGAUGUGAAAACAAGAGAUCAGCCACCCAGUCAGUCACGGUUAAGGGGUUCUCAGACUCAUAUCCGAUCUCUUUCUGGGCAGCUUGAAGGUGGUUUUGGUAUGAAAGUAAGGGAAGGGUCAUAUAAAGAGAUUGGCGGCGAUCAGUCAGCUUCUCAGCCACGGUGGAGAUCAGCUACUAGUGAAGUUGAGCAAGUGAGAAAGGACGUCGUGGUGUCUGUGAAGGAACCAACAAAAGUGGAAGAUCUUGAAGUUCCAAGAAUGAAGGUCCAGAAGCCUUUUUCUGCAGGUCCUGAACAUAUUGUGAAGCUGCAAGGUAGAAGAGAUGAGACUGGCUCUACUUAUGGAAGUAACAAGCCAGUUUUUCAUGGUAAAAAGGUAUCUGAGAGUCGAGAGAGCUUUGGUACUGUAUCAGCACCAUCAGUAGAGCAAGUUCAGAGAAGGCAAUCUAAGGGGAAUCAGGAGCUCAAUGAUGAGCUGAAAAUGAAGGCAUAUGAGCUGGAAAAGCUUUUUGCAGAGCACAAGCUUCGUGUUCCUGGGGAUCAAUCUGGUUUUUCAAGUAGAAGCAAGCCUGCCGAGUUGCAGGUUGAACAGGCAAUAAAUUCACAGUACAGAAAACCAACAGCAGUGGAAAUAUCUCCAGCUCAGGUUCAGGAUAAAAAGACAGUGGUUGAACCAAUUGUGAAUGCUAGUGAUAAUGUCAAGUUUAGCACUCCUCCACCAAUGAAGACAGUAGAUCAGAACUAUGGCAGUUCUCUGAGACAUAAUUUCUCGGAGCUGAGUUUUUCAGAUGAUGCUAGAGGAAAGUUCUAUGAGAGGUACAUGCAGAAAAGAGAUGCAAAGCUAAGGGAAGAGUGGGGUACAAAAAGAUCAGAGAAGGAAGCCAAGUUAAAGGCCAUGCAAGAUAGCCUUGAGCGGAGUAGUGCUGAAAUGAAGGCCAAAUUUUCUGGGUCCGCAGAUAGACUGGAUUCAGUGUCUAGUGCUCGUAGACGUGCAGAGAAGCUCAGAACAUACUAUGCUCGUUCUGGCAUCAAGAGGGAGCAGCAUCUGGUGGAUUCCCUUCAGAGUGAGGAGGAUGAAGAUCCUUCUGACAUUCUGGAAAAGAAAUAUUAUAAACAAGAUAGAUCAUUAGGUGAGGUGGCUUUAGUUGAUGGCGCUUCUAGAAGUUCCCUAAACAAGAAGCUGGUGCUAAACAGAAAUUUGUCUUCAUCCACCCCUCGUACAACAGCAGCACCAGCUCCACGGUCAUCAGUCAAAAUUUCCAACCAAAGUUCUGGGAGGCGGAGAAUUCAAUCAGAAAAUCCUCUAGCACUAUCAGUUCCAAAUUUUUCUGAUUUUAGAAAAGAGAACACAAAGCCGUCUUCUGGAUUCUGCAAAACAGCAAAUCGCACACAGGUGAGAAGCUAUCCCCACAGCAAGAGUACAACUGAAGAGAUACCUCUUGCGAAGGAAGAAAAACCUCGACAGUCUCAGUCCUUGAGGAAAAGCUCUGCUAGUCCUGCCGAAGUCAAGGAUUUGCCUACUUUGAACUCUGAUGAUGUAGUUUUGGCACCAUUGAAGUUUGAUAAAGAGCAAACUGAGCAGGGACCAUAUGAAAAAUUUUCAAAGAAUGUGGAGUCAAAGCCUUUCCUUAGGAAGGGUAAUGGCAUAGGUCCUGGUGCUGAAACUACUAUUGCCAAACUGAAAGGUUCAGUGGCAAAUGAGGCUUUGGAAAAUGAAGAAGCAUUUGAAGAAUAUCCCUUUGAGGCAGAAGAUUCAAUCAAUGAAGCAAAAAAAGAAGAUGAGGAGGAGCUAGAAACAACAGAGAUUGAAGAUUCUGCAAACACUAAAAACGGAAAACUGGGACUAGGCCUGGAAUCUGAUAAGAUGUCUGAUUCUGAGAAUAGUGAUUCUUUGAGAUCUCUUUCUCAAGUUGAUCCUUCUUCAGUUGCUGAACUGCCAGCAUCUGUUCCUUCUACAUUAAACACUGUUGGGUCCUUACAAGACUCACCUGGGGAAAGCCCAGUGUCAUGGAACUCCCGCAUGCAUAAUCCAUUUUCUUACCCACAUGGGAUCUCAGACAUUGAUGCUUCUGUGGACUCUCCAAUUGGAAGCCCUGCUUUGUGGAAUUCUCACUCUCUUGCGCAUGCAGACACUGAUACAGCUCGAAUGAGGAAGAAGUGGGGAAGUGGUCAGAAGCCUAUUAUAGUUUCUAAUUCAUCCCAUAAUCAGCCACGCAAGGACGUGACAAAAGGGUUUAAACGAUUAUUGAAGUUUGGAAGGAAAAGUCGUGGAACUGAGAGUUUGGUUGACUGGAUUUCUGCAACGACUUCUGAAGGAGAUGAUGAUGCAGAAGAUGGACGAGAUCUUGCCAAUCGGACAGCAGAAGACUUGAGGAAGUCAAGAAUGGGAUUUUUACUGAGUCAUCCUUCUGACUAUGGCUUCAAUGAAAGCGAGUUGUUCAAUGAGCAUGAUCAAGCUAUUCAUAGUUCCAUACCAGCACCUCCUGCAAAUUUCAAACCUAGGGAUGAUCAUAUGUCUGGAAGCUCUAUUAAAGCACCACGAUCAUUCUUCUCUCUUUCGACGUUCCGAAGCAAGGGAAGUGAGUCAAAGCUGAGAUAAUUACAUCAGAGAAAAGUUUAGAGCUAAUGCUUGGAAUAUCUCAAGUGAUAGGGUGUAAAGGAUUAUAUAUAUAUAUAUAUAUAGGAUACAAAUGCUUGUGCUGAAAUAUGUUGUAUAUUGUUUUGAACAAAUUAAAAAUUGCCUAUUGGCCUUCUUGUGAUUUUGGUAGUGUAGGAGCAUUCUUUUCUUCUUUAUUUGCUCUAGCCUUGUGUGAUGCGUAUGAGCAUUCAGACUCCUGGCAGAAAAUAGAGUUGGAGACAGUUUUACGAAUAGUGAUGUGAUUAUGCGGAUUAAGCAACAGCAUGUACUUCAUUUCAUCGACUCCA